UUGACUGAAUUUAUUAGAUUUUUUUUCGGAUAUGAAGGAUUUAUCUAGUCUAUGUUAGAAGGAGGCGGCAAAGAAAACGCACGCGUCUCCCGUUUCUCUCCCCCUCUCUCUUUCUCUCUCUAUCUCUCCCACUCUCUCUCUUUCUCUCUCCCUCCGUUUUCUGGAUGUGAAGCAGCAUGCGGCCCGGUGAGAGCUUAGAGGGCUCGAGCUCGGCUCACGGAAGAUGUAUUGAUGCUAAUAAUAUUACUAAUAGCGGCACGGAACGCUAUCUCACGCACCUCUCGUCGGCUACGAGGAGGAUGAAGAGGGUGACGACGAAGAGGAGGAUGAGGGGGACGAACGAGAGGAUGAGGGACGGAGGAAUGACGGCGAUGCGCUGUUUUCUGUGGAGUCUCGUUCUCUGCUCGCUCUCAUCGCGCGCCCAAGGUUUUAUCUACACAUGCGGGGGUACACUGAAAGGUCGAAAUGGCAGUAUAGAAUCUCCUGGCUUUCCCUAUGGCUACCCAAAUGGAGCAAACUGCACCUGGGUCAUUGUUGGAGAGGAAGGAAGUAGAAUCCAGCUCAUCUUCUUGUCAUUUGCCAUAGAAGAAGAGUAUGACUUCCUGUCGUUGUACGACGGACAUCCCCACCCUGCUAACUUCAGGACCAGGUUAACAGGUUUCCAGGUUCCACCUCCGGUCACCAGCACAGGAAAUGUCUUCUCGUUGAGACUGACCAGUGACUUUGCGGUUUCUGCACAUGGCUUCAAACUCAACUAUGAAGAACUGCACAGUUCAUCUUGUGGAAACCCUGGUGUCCCACCCAAAGCGGUGCUAAGUGGUGGAGGAAGAUUUGCAGUGGGAGACAGUGUGCGGUACAGCUGUGUCCCUGGUUAUGUCUUAGAUGGUCAUGCGACACUCACAUGCAUCACCAAUGCCGGAAAUGCCGCCGUCUGGGACUUUCCCGCUCCCAUUUGUCGAGCUGAGGACACAUGUGGGGGCACUGUGAGGGGCGGCAGUGGGGUGGUGACCAGUCCCGGUUACCCCGGCAACUAUGGUAACCAAGCCGACUGUACUUGGAUCCUAUUGGCCGAACCUGGAGACACCAUCUCUGUCAUCUUUACAGACUUCCAGACAGAGGAAAAGUAUGACUAUCUGGAAGUGGAGGGAUCUGAACCACCAACCAUUUGGUUGUCGGGCACUAACGUCCCUUCUCCUAUCGUCAGCAACAAAAACUGGCUUCGGCUGCAUUUCGUGACUGAUGGCAACCACCGUUACCGUGGAUUCAGCGCACAUUAUCAAGUGAAGCGAUCAGUAGAUUUUAAAUCGCGGGGCGUUAAAUUAUUCCCUGGCAAAGACUCCACCAACAAGUUUUCAAUAUUAAAUGAAGGCGGUGUGAGACAGGCUUCUAACUCCUGCCCAGACCCAGGAGAGCCAGAGAAUGGAAAACGCCAUGGCAAUGACUUCAGCAUUGGGAGUGUGGUGCACUUUAGCUGCGGAGAAGACUAUGUUCUACAGGGCAGCAAAAGUAUCAGCUGCCAGAGAGUGGCAGAAGUGUUUGCAGCAUGGAGUGACCACAGACCUGUCUGCAAAGUGAAGACUUGUGGCAGUAAUCUUCAGGGGCCAUCAGGAACCUUUACAUCUCCCAACUUCCCAAUUCAAUAUGAGAACAACGCACAGUGUGUGUGGAUAAUUACUGCCUCAAAUCCCAAUAAGGUCAUCCAGAUCAACUUUGAAGAGUUUGACUUAGAGAUUGCCUAUGAUACGCUAACUAUUGGAGAUGGAGGGGAGGUAGGAGAUCCUACGACUAUUCUACAGGUCCUAUCAGGUAGCUUUGUUCCUGACCUGAUAGUCAGCAUGACUCACCAGAUGUGGCUCCACCUACAGUCAGAUGAGAGUGUCGGCUCUAUCGGCUUUAAAAUCAACUAUAAAGAAAUAGACAAAGAGAGUUGUGGAGACCCUGGAACUCCUCUCUAUGGAAUAAGAGAAGGUGACAACUUUUCAAAUGGAGGAAUCCUGAGAUUUGAAUGCCAGUUUGGGUUUGAGCUGAUUGGAGAAAAAACGAUCUCCUGCCAAGACAACAAUCAGUGGUCUGCAAAUAUCCCUAUAUGCAUAUUCCCCUGCAUGUCCAACUUCACUGCUCCCUCAGGAACCGUCCUCUCACCGGAUUACCCAGAAGGCUAUGGGAACAACAUGAACUGUGUUUGGCUCAUCCAAUCAGAUCCGGGCUCCAGAAUACACUUGGCAUUUAAUGACUUUGACCUUGAGGCACCUUAUGAUUCCCUAACAGUGAAAGAUGGCGAGACAAAUGAUGCCACGGUCAUUGGGAGGUUCUCUGGAGCUGAGAGUCCCUCCCAUCUGACGUCUAAUACCAACACACUGAGGCUGGAGUUUCAGGCUGAUCACUCUAUGUCAGGAAGAGGAUUUAAUAUCACAUACAGUACAUUUGGCCAUAAUGAGUGCCCAGACCCUGGCAUUCCCAUCAACGCUCGCCGCUUUGGAGAUAGCUUCCAGCUUGGCAGCUCCAUCUCUGUGGUUUGUGAGGACGGUUUUAUCAAAACCCAAGGAACUGAGACCAUCUCCUGUCAGUUAGAAAGAGGAAAAGUCAUGUGGAGUGGGCCUAUUCCUAAAUGUGAAGCCCCAUGUGGAGGCCACUAUUCGGCUCCAAGUGGAGUGAUAUUAUCUCCUGGGUGGCCUGGUUAUUACAAAGACUCCCUUAACUGUGAGUGGGUGAUUGAAGCAGAACCUGGACGUGCCAUCAAAAUCACAUUUGACAGGUUCCAGACAGAACUGGGUUAUGACUUCUUGGAGAUCCAUGAUGGUCCAAACCUCCUGUCUCCUCUGGUUGGCUCCUUCAAUGGCACCCAAGUCCCCCAGUUCCUUUUCAGCAGCAGCAACUUUCUUUAUCUGCUGUUUACCACUGAUAACAGCCGGUCAAAUGCUGGCUUCAGAAUACUCUAUGAAAGCGUCACAGUGGACAGCUACUCGUGUCUGGACCCCGGCAUCCCUGUCAACGGUAUUCGGUACGGACAGGAUUUUUCCAUCGGCUCCACGGUGUCGUUUGGUUGUGACUCUGGUUAUAGACUCAGUCAUGAGGAGCCGCUAGUGUGCGAGAAGAACCACUGGUGGAGCCACCCCUUACCUACAUGUGAUGCUCUAUGUGGUGGGGAUGUUAGAGGUCCCUGGGGCACCAUCCUUAGUCCCGGCUAUCCAGACAGCUACCCUUCAUCUCUCAACUGUACCUGGACCGUUGAAGUCAGCCACGGGAAAGGAGUCCAGUUUCAGUUCAGUUCUUUUCACCUGGAGGACCAACAUGACUACCUCUUGGUUACGGAGAAUGGGAGUUUCCUGCAACCUCUGGCUCGUCUGACCGGCAACGAGUUGCCUAGCAACAUCAAUGCUGGUCUCUAUGGCAACUUCAAAGCCCAGUUGCGAUUCAUCUCUGACUUUUCCAUUUCAUAUGAGGGCUUCAACAUAACUUUCUCGGAAUAUACUUUGGAGCCAUGUGAGGACCCCGGCAUGCCUCGUUUCGGCAGGAGAAAUGGCUACAGUUUUGGUGUUGGAGACACUUUGUCUUUUUCCUGUAAUAUGGGAUACCGCCUGGAGGGUUCACCAGAGUUAAUCUGUCUGGGAGGCGGGCGAAGAAUGUGGAGCGCCCCUUUACCUAGAUGUGUCGCGGAGUGUGGUUCUUCAGUCAUGAAUAAUGAAGGGAUACUGCUCUCUCCAAACUACCCAAUGAACUACGAUAACAACCACGAGUGCAUCUACAGCAUCCAGGUUCAAGCUGGGAAAGGAAUCAACAUCUCUGCAAGAACCUUUCAUCUUGCCCAAGGCGAUAUACUCAAAAUUUAUGACGGUAAAGACAACACAGCCCAUGUUCUCGGAGCAUUUACUGGAUCAUCCAUGUUGGGGCUGACGCUCAUUUCCACUUCAAACCACCUCUGGUUGGAAUUCUACAGCAAUGCGGAAAACACAGGAGAAGGAUUCAAAUUGGUGUACUCAAGUUUUGAGUUGUCUCAUUGUGAAGACCCAGGCGUGCCUCAGUUUGGCUUCAAGGUCAACGACCAAGGUCAUUUUUCUGGGAGCAGUAUCACAUAUAGAUGUGAGCCUGGUUACACUCUACAUGGGGCUUCUACGCUGAAGUGUAUGACGGGUGAAAGGAGAGCCUGGGAUAACCCUCUGCCUUCUUGUAUAGCGGAGUGUGGGGGUCGUUUUAAGGGUGAGUCGUCAGGGAGGAUCCUUUCCCCCGGAUACCCUUUCCCAUAUGACAAUAACCUUCGCUGCACCUGGACCAUCGAGGUGGACUCGGGAAAUAUUGUGAGUCUCCAGUUUCUGGCCUUUGACACUGAAGCCAGCCAUGACAUGCUGAAGGUUUGGGAUGGGCCACCUGAGAAUGAAAUGUCUUUGGCAGAGCUCAGUGGGUCUCUGCUCCCUGAAGGAAUCCACUCGACCCUGAACACAGUGACGGUUCAGUUUGAGACUGACUUUUACAUCAGCAAGUCUGGAUUUGCCAUACAGUUUUCUAGCUCAGUAGCUACAGCCUGCAGGGACCCAGGAGUACCGAUGAAUGGCAGUCGUAGUGGAGAUGGCCGUGAGCCGGGGGAUUCAGUGUCCUUUCAGUGUGACCCAGGAUACGAGCUCCAGGGGGACGACAAAAUAACCUGUAUACAAGUGGAUAACAGAUACUACUGGCAGCCCAGCCCACCUGUCUGCAUAGCUCCUUGUGGAGGAAAUCUAACAGGCUCCAAUGGAUUUAUACUCUCUCCGAACUACCCGCAUCCUUACCCUCACUCAAAAGAUUGUGACUGGCUCAUUGCUGUCAACCCAGACUACGUCCUGUCACUGGCCUUCAUCAGUUUCAACAUUGAGCCAAACUAUGAUUUCCUGUACAUCUACGACGGUCCGGAUAGCAACAGUCCGCUCAUUGGUAGCUUCCAGGACAGCAAACUCCCAGAGAGGAUAGAGAGCAGUUCAAAUACAAUGCUUUUAGCGUUCCGUAGUGAUGGAUCGGUUUCUUACACUGGAUUUCACCUGGAAUACAAAGCCAAGCUGAGGGAAUCUUGUUUCGACCCAGGUGUGGUUCUGAAUGGGACCAGGCUGGGAUCUGAUUAUAAGCUGGGCUCGACGGUCACCUUCUACUGUGAAGCAGGAUAUGUACUGCAGGGUUAUUCUACUCUGACAUGCAGUAUGGGUGAUGAUGGCAGACCUGGAUGGAACAGGGCAUUACCUAGCUGUCAAGCCCCGUGCGGAAGUCGUUCUACGGGAUCAGAAGGGACUGUUUUAUCUCCAAAUUUCCCGAGAAACUACACCUCCGGACAGACCUGCAUCUACUCUAUAUCCGUACCAAGAGAGUUUGUUCUCUUCGGCCAGUUUGUGUUGUUCCAGACGUCUCUUAAUGACGUGGUGGAGAUCUAUGACGGACCCACUCAACAAAACACGCUCCUGUCUUCUCUCUCUGGGUCACACUCUGGUGAAUCUCUCCCUCUGAGUUCAGGAAACCAGAUUACAAUAAAGUUCACCACAGUUGGACCAGAAACCGCUAAGGGAUUUCAUUUUGUCUACCAAGCUGUACCCCGGACUAGCUCCACCCAGUGCAGUUCAGUCCCCGAGCCACGCUUCGGGAAACGUCUCGGUAAUGACUUUGCAGUCGGCGCCUUGGUGCAAUUUGAGUGCAACCCCGGUUACACAUUGCAUGGCUCUACUGCCAUUCGCUGUGAGAGUGUACCGGACAACCUGGCGCAAUGGAAUGACACUUUGCCAACAUGUAUAGUUCCCUGUGGGGGCGUAUUGACCUCUCGCCGCGGGACUAUCCUGUCGCCUGGCUACCCAGAGCCAUAUGACAACAACCAGAAUUGUGUUUGGAAGGUCUCUGUCCCAGAAGGAGCUGGAAUACAGAUACAAGUCGUGAGUUUUGCCACUGAGCAUAACUGGGACUCUUUGGAUUUUUACGACGGUGCUGACAACCAUGCACCAAGACUGGGAAGCUACUCUGGCACUACUAUCCCCCCUCUCCUGAAUAGUACAUCUAACAACCUCUAUCUCAGCUUCAGCUCUGAUAUUAGUGUCUCAGCUGCUGGAUUUCACCUGGAAUAUACAGCUAUUGGUCUGGAGUCAUGUCCAGAACCUCAGACUCCAAACUAUGGAAUUAGACAAGGAGACAGGUUCAUGGUGGGAGAUGUUGUGCAAUUUUCGUGCGAACAAGGAUACUCUCUUCAGGGCAAUGCCCAUAUAACCUGUAUGCCCGGACCUGUUAGGAGAUGGAACUAUCCUGUACCGCUGUGUAUCGCCCAUUGUGGUGGGUCUAUGACAGAUGUAAGUGGAGUGAUUCUAAGUCCUGGUUACCCCGGCAACUACCCCAGUGGAUUAGACUGCACAUGGAUGGUGAACUUACCUGUCGGCUUUGGCAUCCAUCUCCAAUUUUUGAACUUCUCCACUGAAGCAAUCCACGAUUACUUGGAGAUCCGUAGCGGAACGCUGGAGACGGGCUCUGUCAUUGACCGAUUCAGCGGCCCAGUCAUGCCCAAACCUCUGUUCAGCACCACCCACCAAACCAGCUUUUUUUUCCACAGUGACUAUUCACAGAACAAACCCGGGUUCCACAUCACGUAUCAAGCCUACCAGCUCCAGAGUUGCCCAGACCCUCGACCGUUUCGAAAUGGCAUCGUGAUUGGCACAGAUUUCAGUGUUGGGAUGACGGUGUCGUUUGAGUGUCUGCCCGGAUACUCUCUGAUUGGAGAAGCCUCGCUCACAUGUUUGCACGGAAUUAGCAGGAACUGGAACCACCCAUUACCACGAUGUGAAGCACUCUGCGGUGGUAACAUCACGUCAUUAAACGGAACCAUUUACUCUCCCGGCCAUCCUGAGGAAUACCCAAAUUUCCAGGACUGUGUGUGGAGCGUUCGAGUUCCUCCUGGACACGGGAUUUAUAUCAACUUUACUGUACUGAGCACAGAGCCCAUAUAUGACUACAUUACUGUCUGGGAUGGUCCAGAUCAGUCUUCUCCUCAGAUUGGACAGUUCAGCGGAAACACAGCUUUGGAGUCCGUCUAUUCAACGUCCAACAUCAUCCUCAUCAAAUUCCACUCGGACUUCUCUGGAGCCGGCUUUUUUGUCUUAAGUUAUCAUGCCUACCAAUUAAGGGUUUGCCAGCCUCCUCCAGAAGUUCCCAGUGCUGACAUGCUGAUGGAGGAUGGCGAGCUUGAGAUAGGCGACAUCAUCAGGUACAGAUGCCAUCCUGGAUUUUCAUUGGUUGGCAGUGAGAUUCUUACCUGUCGCUUAGGAGAGAGGCUGCAGAUGGAUUCACCACCCCCAACAUGCCAAGUUCAGUGCCCUGCACAUGAUGUGCGAUACGACUCCUCAGGUGUCAUCUUAAGCCCUGGCUGGCCAGAAAGCUACCCUAACCUCCAAAUGUGUUCGUGGAGUGUUACAGUGGAGAAAGGAUACAAUGUCACAAUAACCUUUGAAAGUUUUCACACCGAGAGAGAGUUUGACGUGUUGGAGAUUUUUGAUGGUCCCACAUCCAACAGCCCCACCUUGGCGACACUUAGUGGUGACCUGCCAACACCCUUUAACCUCACAACCUCUGGACACCAGUUCCUAGUCCGCUGGUCUUCAGACCAUGGCACAAACAAGAAAGGCUUCAAAAUUCGCUAUGUUGCUCUGUACUGCUCCACCCCAGACUCCCCGCUCCACGGCUCCAUCUCCUCACAGAGCGGCGGUCACGUUAACAGCGUGGUGAGGUGGGCUUGCGACCGUGGAUACCGUCUCAUAGGCAAUGCCACAGCAACCUGCCGCCGCACAUCACUUGGCUACCAUGCGUGGGAUUCUCCUGUACCUGCGUGCCAAGCUGUCUCAUGCGGGGUACCCAAGGCUCCUAUAAACGGCGGCGUUUUAACAUCUGACUACUCCGUCGGAACAAGAGUUUCCUAUUUUUGUAACGAUGGGUACAGACUCUCCAGUAAAGAACUGACGUCAGCCAUCUGUCAGCCUGAUGGAACAUGGAGCAACCACAACAAGAUGCCGCGAUGUUCUGUGGUAGUAUGUCCCAGCAUCGGGUCGUUCUCUCUAGAGCAUGGCCGCUGGAGGAUUGUCAAUGGGUCACACUACGAAUACAAGACACGUAUUGUGUUCACCUGUGAUCCGGGAUACUACAGGCUAGGCCCCGCCCACAUCGAGUGCUUAUCCAACGGAGUUUGGAGCUGGAGGAAUGAAAGGCCGCACUGUCAGGUUAUCUCCUGCGGUGAGCUGCCAUCCCCACCCAAUGGAAAGAAGAUUGGUACUCAGACAACAUUCGGUGCUACAGCCAUUUUUACCUGUGAUGCUGGCUUCAUGCUGGUGGGGUCAGCUGUCAGAGAGUGCCUGUCAUCUGGGCUUUGGAGUGGAACUGAAACACGAUGUUUAGCUGGUCACUGUGGAAUCCCAGAAGGCAUUGUGAACGGCCAGGUUAUCGGGGAAAACUUUGGUUACCGUGAUACGGUCGUUUAUCAGUGUCUCCCUGGGUUCCGACUAAUAGGCUCAUCAGUCCGUAUCUGUCUCCAAGACAACCAGUGGUCUGGACAACUACCCAUCUGCAUACCGAUCAGCUGCGGCCAUCCAGGAAGCCCCAUAUAUGGCCGCACGGUGGGAAACGGCUUCAAUCUCAACGAUGUGGUCAGCUUUGUUUGUAAUCGGGGUUAUGAAAUGGAGGGGCCUGCACGUGCUCAGUGCCAGGCUAACCGCCAAUGGAGCCACCCACCCCCAACGUGUAAAGUGGUCAACUGCUCUGAUCCAGGUAUCCCAGCCAACUCAAUCCGGCAGAGCAAAAUAGAGCAUGGCAACUUUACCUUUGGCACAGUGGUUUUCUAUGACUGCAAUCCUGGGUAUUACCUGUUUGGAUCACCUGUACUGACCUGUCAACCUACUGGACAAUGGGACAAACCGCUACCUGAAUGCAUAGUCGUAGACUGUGGUCAUCCCGGCUCUCCCCCAAACGGUGUGCUGAGCGGAGAUAAGUUUACAUUUGGUUCAACGGUUCGGUAUUCUUGUCUGGGCGGAAGACAGCUGAAAGGAGAAUCAUCCCGGACUUGUCAGCUCAAUGGGAUGUGGAGUGCCCCCAUGCCAUUCUGCUCUGGUGACACUACUGGUUCGUGUGGGGACCCUGGCAUUCCCUCUCAUGGUUCAAGAGAACAAACAGAUUUCAGGAUCCGUUCUAAGGUCUACUUUUCCUGCUCAGAGGGAUAUGAACUUAUAGGUUCUUCAGAGAGGAUGUGUUUCCCGAAUGGGACCUGGUCGGGCACGCAACCCUUUUGUAAACCUGUUCAGUGUGGUAACCCUGGCACUCCCAGUAACGGCAAAGUAUUUCGUUUGGAUGGAACAACAUUUUCUCACUCUGUCAUCUACUCGUGCAUGGAUGGCUAUCUGCUCACUGGUCCCACCACCAGACAGUGUCAAGCCAAUGGUACCUGGUCAGGCACACAGCCCAACUGUACCAUGAUAAACUGUGGCGACCCUGGCGUGCCGGCUAAUGGGCUUCGCUAUGGAGAGGACUUCACCAUUGGUCAGAAUGUUUCAUUCCAGUGCCAACCGGGAUAUAGAAUGGAGGAGGAUGGGUCGCCUGUGAGGAUGUGCACCCAAAAUGGGACUUGGAAUGGAAAUAUGCCACUAUGUACAGCUGUGACCUGCUCGGCUCCACCUGCCAUCAGUAAUGGGGUACUGCAGGGCAGUGACUUUGAAUGGGGCAGCAGCGUGAGCUAUAGUUGUUCACCUGGAUAUGAGCUCUCAUUUCCAGCUGUUCUGACCUGUGUCGCCAAUGGCACCUGGAGCGGCAUGCUCCCGCAGUGCUUACCCAAAUUUUGUGGUGACCUGGGGACUCCAGUAGGUGGUUUCAGAGAGGGACGAAGUUUCAUCUAUCAAUCAGAAGUGUCCUUCAGCUGUGCUCCGCCUCUCAUACUGGUCGGCACAGCAACUAGACUUUGUGAAAGCGAUGGCACCUGGAGUGGAACGCAGCCGCGCUGUAUCGAACCAACCAAAACCAGCUGCGAUAAUCCGGGAACACCACGCUACGGCUCCUUGAAUCGGACCUAUGGUUUCAAGGUUGGGAGUGUGGUGUCAUUUCAGUGCCAGCCUGGUCAUUUGAUUCAGGGAUCUUCCUCCAGAACCUGUCAGCCUGAUCUAACAUGGAGUGGGACGCAACCCGAGUGCAUACCCCACGCCUGCAAGCAGCCGGAGAGCCCACUCCAUGUGGACGUGGUAGGGAUGGAUCUUCCUGGGUUUGGCUACACCUUGGUGUACAGCUGUCAGCAUGGCUACUUCCUGGCGGGGGGUUCUGAACACAGGGUCUGCAAGAGUGACAGCACUUGGACUGGAAAGAUGCCGAUAUGUCGGGCCGGAGAGAAGAAGAAACCUGUGAAGCCAGUAACAGGAACCCCCAGCCCCAAACUAAACGUUCCAGAUGAUGUCUUUGCUCCCAACUACAUAUGGAAGGGUUCCUAUAAUUACCGUGGGAGGAAGCAGCCUAUAACACUGAGCAUCACCAGCUUUAACUCCACAACGGGGAGAGUCAAUGUUACCCUUAGCAACGGCAACAUGGAACUGCUCCUGUCAGGAGUGUACAAGGCGUCCGAGGCCAGGCUGUUGCUGCUGAUGUAUCAGGUGAAUUAUGUGAACCAGGGAAACCAACUAAAAGAUUCAGCCAUCUCUCCCGCCAAGAUUAUAGAUGAUUCCUGGACCAUGGAUGGAUUUGUAUCAGCAGAGCCCGAUGGCUCUAGUUACGUAUUCCAGGGUUCUAUUCAGGGAAAAGACUAUGGACAGUUUGGACUGCAAAGAUUGGGUCUGAAUAUGUCGGAGAGUCAAAACUCGCCACCCCCCCAGCUUGGUACCAACAGCAGCUCCGUGGCUAUCGCCAUCCUGGUGCCUUUCUUUGCUCUGAUCUUUACCGGUUUUGGCUUUUAUCUCUACAAACAAAGAACCACACCAAAAACACAAUACACAGGAUGCUCAGUCCAUGAAAACAACAACGGCCAGGCCGCCUUUGAGAACCCCAUGUACAACACCAACGCCAAGGCUGUGGAGGGGAAGGCUGUUAGGUUUGAUCCAAAUCUAAACACCGUAUGCACCAUGGUUUGAGGAUCGACUGACCUUACUUGAAUUUAAUGACUCAGAUAUCCAAUGGGACCACGGCCGGUAAGAGACGACGAAAGACAAAAGCUCCGUGCUUCGAUGCAAACUUCACCAUGAACGACAUGGUCUGCACACUGAUUACAAAAGACCUUCAUUCCCAGUCCAGAAACCUAAUCGAACCCAGCUCUCCAGCUGAAACCAAAACCCAGCAUUGGUUUCCGUCACUGAAAGCAUUUUGUAUCCGCAAAUGAAAUUUGAACAAGUAUGAACACAAAAGGUCUGCUGCCUUUGAUAGAAGCAAGCAGCCAGUGUGAACUCAAUGGGAGAUGUAACAUCAAGAGAUGGAAAGGGAUACUAUUGAAUGGAAAACCAUACUGGCUAUUAUCUGUCUCUAACCCCAAGACUCAGCGGGUCACGGAUUCUUUAUAAUUGGAUUCCAAACCAGAUACAUCCAUUAUACUCUAACCUCUUAUUUAACCUCUCUCACUAUCUAUAAUAUGAGUACUAAUGAUUAAGCCAUGACCUGCUAGUUGGACAUCAUGACAUGUUAUCACAACCCAAUGCCAAAUUUUGUAUGUCACACAAAGUUGUGAAGAGGACCCAGAGUGGGAUCUAUGAUCACUUGUGCCUGGAGAAAGAGAGCGCACAUCAUCAGAGCCCAGCUGUAGUUGGAAAUCAAAGAGAUAAUCCGCUAAAAAAUAUUUUUCAUAUGUAACAUGUUGUCAAACUGACUGUAUUAAACAGGUCCUUAAAUAUGGGAAAAAAAAAGAACAAACGUAAUCACAAUGACCACAGAUGGGGAGAUGUGACAUGAAGAUGAUGUCAUAAAAGACACUGUGAUGUUAAGAAAACUGUUUCUAUCUAUUUGGUUUCAACACUGACAGUACAAAGAGAACACUGUCACCAGCAGACCAUCAGUAAACCGGACUAAUGCUUUGUGAAGAGGAAACUAUGUCUGAAACAACCAUGGAAUACAACACCCUAACAGCCAGACAGGACAACCUCCUGUCUCCAUUACAACCAGAGGCUGGUAUUACCAGCCAGUAUUUGUCUUUUUUUCUAUUGAAAUGGGAUCUAAGAUGGCUAAUGUUAGCAGACAGUUGCGAAAGUUGCUUUGAAAAGAGACUAACUCCUAAGCGAAGGAUAAGGGCAUCCUUGGAGAUGGAGCUGUAAUCCUAACUGAACUGGGAUUAGAGCACAGCAAAACUAAAAGGAGUCUAAAGGGGAGCUAGCACUUAGAGAACGGAUGAGAGACUGUCUCAUCUAAAGGAUAAACUGCCUCUUCCCAUCCAAUGGAUAAGAGAGGAGGCUAAGGAGAUGGAGACAGACCCUAACUGAACUGGAAGUAGACUAAGGGAGUCAUUAAGAGAAAAAAGAAGAUUUUGAAAUUGUAACCCAGCCAAUCAGAGCCUGUCUAACCUGAAAUCAUUUACUGGGAGAGGUCAGCCCUCCCUCUACAUAAUGAAUCAGAUCAGACAGAAUAUGAGGUAAGAUGUUCCUGAUCCUGCGAAUUUAAAUGGAUUUUGACCAGAAAGACACUAAAUGGAUACAGAGGACUCUGAUGGACUAACAAAGAGAAAGACUUUGACAAACAGAGAAAGCUCUGGCACUAAAGCACAUUUCAUGGGAACACUACCUGUCUGCCCGCUGAGAGAUGGACUAGCAUAGGGACGGAAAGGUUACUGACAGGGUGAAUGACAGACACAAAUGAUGACAGGUACACAUACAAAAUCUGGAGAGUCAGGUAGAGA